GGGCCCUGUUUGUUUGCUUGCGCUCGAGCUGACAGCGAGCGCCGUUGGGAUUCAACGCGGGACGUCAUUUUGGAGAUCUGGCUUAUUUCCCUUUUUGCCAUUCUCCCCUUCGAAAAUAAUUGCCUUUUUCGCGACUCACCCCAACGAACGAACGAACGCAGCAAACCACUCUCGCUUUCCUUCGCGCUCACGGCCAUGAGCGCCACUGUUUCAGUUCACGACAACGACUCGCAACCAUGACGACCUCCAGCUCACGUUCCCCAUCCCGAUUACCCCCCUCCUCCUCCUCCUCCCUCUCCCGAACCGAAACCCUCUCUCUCUUCUCCCUCACCUUCGCCUGCGUCGCGGUAUUGGCGAAUACCUUCCAAGGCGAUGGCGAACCUCUAAUCGCCUCCCUCGCCCUCAGCGGGGUCGCCUUCGCGGCGUCGUUUGCGAUGAUAAGGUGGUUAGGCCCGACGCUGAUGAAGGCUGGGCUGAAGGGGACAGACAUGAGCAAGCAUAAUAGACGGGAAAUACCAGAGUGCAUGGGGGGGAUCGCGGCGGUGGUGUACCUGCUGGUGAUUAUUGUCUUCAUCCCGUUUCCGUUUUACAAGGACAUUGUGGCGGCGACGAGCGGGGGGGGCAAUAGGGAUGUUGUUGUUAGUGUCGUGGAGGGGGUGGAGAGGGGGAGGUUGCUGCAUAAGUUUCCGCACAGCAAGUUGGCGUCGUAUUUGUCGGCGAUUAUAUCGCUUCAGUCGAUCACGUUGUUGGGGAUAGGAGAUGAUCUUUUCGACAUACGGUGGCGACACAAGUUUUUCAUUCCGGCUUUUGCGUCGAUACCGCUGUUGGUGGUUUACUUUGUCGACUUUGGCGUCACGUCGAUCGUGGUGCCGAUUCCGCUGCAGCCGUACCUGGGGGAGCUGGUGAAUGUCGGGGUGCUGUACUACGUCUACAUGGCGAGCGUGGCGAUUUUUAGCCCGAACAGUAUUAACAUUCUGGCGGGGAUCAACGGGAUUGAAGUGGCGCAGUCGAUUGUCGUUGCGGUGUUGCUGGCGAUCAAUGAUUGCUUGUACUUGCUCACGCCGUACCCCCACCCGGCGACGGACUCGCACUUGUUUUCGCUGUACUUUUUGCUGCCGUUUUUGGGGGUUUCCGGGGCGCUGCUGUGGCAUAAUUGGUAUCCGGCGAGGGUGUUUGUGGGGGAUACGUAUUGUUAUUUUGCGGGCAUGGUGUUUGUGGUGGUGAGCAUUCUGGGGCAUUUCAGCAAGACGUUGAUCUUGCUGCUGGUGCCGCAGAUAUUCAACUUUUGCUAUUCGGUGCCGCAGUUGUUUGGGCUGGUGCCGUGUCCGAGGCACAGGCUGCCCAGGUUUAAUGCGAGGACGGGGUUGCUGGUGCCGAGCGUCACGCCUUGGACGAGGGAGAGGCAGCCGAGGGGGGUGGUUGCGUGGGGGUUGAAGGUGUUGGGCGGGUUGAGGUUGUUGGGGGUUACGGUGGAUGAGGAGGGGAGGUUUGUCGAGACGACGAACUUUACGAUUUUGAAUCUUUGGCUUGUGUGGAGGGGGCCGUUGAGGGAGGAUAGGUUGGCGAUGGAGAUUACGGGGAUGCAGAUGGUGGUGGGGUUGUUUGGGUUGUUUGUUAGGCAUGGGCUGGCUCAGUUGGUGUUCAAGGAGGAUAAUUGGAGCAUUGGGGCAGCAGGAGUUUAG